AUGGCGACUGCAUACCAAUCUACCCCACGUUGGGAGCAAUCCGUCCCAAUGGGCCACGAGAACCUGCCUCUGGCUAACCAAGCCUUGUUUGAUCCUUCGUACGCGUUCGACCCCAAUCAGACGUCUCGCGGUUCCUCGAACUACCAUUCCACACGCCGACCUUCUCAGCACACCGCUACACUCGAUGUCGACUCAUACCAACUGGAUCAGAUCAAGCGUGAUAGCGGAAGGAGUAUGAGGAAAGGAAGCACCCAUUCACGAGGCUCGAGUCCUCAGAAAGGCCCAGUGUCACACCUUCGGAGACCGUCAACAUCUCACAACCGACCCUCGGCCCCUCUUACGCUACCUCGUGCUGAGUCCGAGGCUGCUAUUGAUCCCGAUCCUGAAAGAUCAGCAUGGAUCCACCGCGACAAGCUUGCUCGCAUCGAGAGUCGGGAGAUGGCUGCUGCUGGGUUUGGAUUGCCUCGCAAUCCGCGCUCGAGUCGUUCCGGUAGUCGUUCGGCAAGUCGAUCACAAAGUCGCAAUGCUGCCUCACGUAGCCAAAUGAGCCAUCUCGCACUACCUAACGAAGACACACCCAAAGUGCCUGGAUUCGAGGAACAGAGCGGAGCAGGCGCAAACCAGGAUCCGGACUCUGAUGAGUACGAGGAAAGACUACGGGAGGAGCCUCGAAUGGAUCGCAAUAUGUACAGUCGAAGUCUUCCAAGAUCGGCUGUAUCUCGUAUUCCUGUUGCAAGAGCUAGCCCUGCACCUGUCGCACACAGCCUCGUCGAACGCGACUCUCCUCUACCUCGCAGCAUGAGUAGUCCUCUCGGUGAUAGUGCAAACUCAAACAGAAGAUCGCGCAGCCAAAGUCUAGGAGAUCCAGCCAUGAUGGUCGAACCUUCAAGUACGCGAUCUGCGAUACCCACAAAGCCAAGGCCUCGUAGCUCCCAUAUCCAGGAUUCUCCCGGUGUUACCGAAUCACCCUCGCUGAGCCAACGCACGACACAAUCCCUGACCGCCGUAUCGAGGGCCAAGGCAAUGAACAAGGCUGCGUCAGGAGGCUCUGUGGGUGGAAAGACCAUUCCACGUACCGCUUCAAAGGCCCGAAAUCCAUCGCCAAAGGACAGCCCGGUUAGAAGGCCUACAUCCGGCUCCACCAGGUCUCGGCCGACUUCAUUCCACAUGCGACCAGAAGGAGAGGCACCUUGGGUCGCGACCAUGUAUAAGCCCGACCCCAGAUUACCGCCAGAUCAGCAAAUGCUUCCAACUCAUGCAAAGCGCGCAAUGCAAGGUGGAUCGGAUAGUGCGGAUGAGGCUGAAAAGGCUUACCCGCUCAACAUUGACUCUUUGAGCGAUGAGGAGCUGGCCAAGAUGGGAGCUCUACCCUCGCCCGAGUCGGCUAAAAAGGCAGAGAUGCUCAAGUCUACACAGCAAGGCACGGGUAGCUUACCACCACCGUGGCCUCUCACAAGCAUCAAGAGCGAUGCCAGAAGCCAAACCGGAAGUGCUAAGGGCACGACUGGUGGGUACACGAUUACGCCAAAGAUUGCGCCUCCAAUUGAUCCCCCGAGAAUACCAAAGUCACCAACUGCCCAGGCUCAAGUGACUAGCUCGGUCAACGCCGGUGUACAAAGAGUGCCAGAUCUUGAUGAGAAAGACGAUGGCAAGAAAAAGAAGAAGGGGCUUGCAUGCUGUAUCGUCAUGUAA